AUGCCUCCUCAAAUCAGCGACGAUGAACGUUCGGUUUCGGAUGUUAGCGAGCAAGAACACAAAACCUCAGCGAAGGUUAGAAGCAAGAGAGACGAGUCACCCGAAGAGGAGUUGAAGGUUGAAUCGGAUCGAGAAGCUGAUGAGGGACAAGUAGAGGGAGAUGGGCAAGAAGAGGAUGAAUUUGUAGUUGAAAAGAUCUUGAAGCAUGCUAUUGAUGAGGAAGGAGUCUUAAGAUUCCAGGUUAAAUGGGAAGGUUAUGAGAAGAAGUCGGAUUUGACGUGGGAACCCGAAAAGAAUUUGGAAACUGCCCAAGACAUACUUAAUGCGUACCUCGAAAGCGUUGGUGGUAAAGAACAUCUUAUGGAUCAAUUCUGGGAGAAGAAAGCGGAGGCAGCAGAAAAGAAGCAAGGAAAGAAACGUGGUCGACCAAGCACUGGUGCCACUACUCCUCAAACCAAUGGAAAGAAGUCGAGAAAAAAUGGUCAUCAUUCUUCAUCAACACCACCCGCAUCCUUUAGACCACCAACUGGAAGUUGGGAAGAUGAUGUUGUUACAAUCGAAGCUAUGGAAGGACCAAAUGCGGAAGUUAUUGUCUAUUUGACAUGGAAGGGUGGGGCCAAGUCACAACAUCCAUUACAUCAAGUAUACAAACGUUGCCCACAGAAGAUGCUUAGUUUCUACGAAAGACAUUUGGUUUUCAAAAAGACUGAAGAGGAUUCAUGA